CCAAAACCAAUUGCACUCCACAUCACAUCACAUCAGCAAUCAUGGCCGCUGCCUGCAUCUUCUGCAAGAUCAUCAAGGGCGAGAUCCCCUCGAUGAAACUCUUCGAAAGCGAAAAGGUCUUUGCUUUCCUCGACAUCAACCCUCUAAGCUACGGUCACGCUCUCGUCAUCCCCAAAUACCACGGCGCAAAACUCCACGAUAUCCCCGACGACCAACUCACCGAAAUUCUUCCUGUGGCAAAGAAGAUCGCCCAGGCUGUGGGUGCGGACAACUACAACAUUCUGCAGAACAAUGGAAAGAUUGCGCAUCAGGUGGUGGAUCAUGUGCAUUUCCACAUGAUCCCUAAGCCUAAUGAGAAGGAAGGAUUGGGUAUCAGUUGGCCUCAGCAGCAGGGUAACCAGGAUAAGUUGAAGGCUCUCAAGGAGGAGAUUUUGGCCAAGAUGUAAAGAGGAGAAACAAGAGGAAGGAAAUACUCAGAGUGAGAAAGAAGACAUUGGAACGAAUGAUGAUAGUGCUCUACUCACAGAGUCCAAGAGCAACGAGAACAUAUUGGCAGAUGAAGAAGAAACACGCUUGGAAUUGCACAUCUAU